AUGUGUCUCGCCUGCGGCGAUAUCCUACAACGGUAUAGCCAGGGGCUACCGAGCGCACAACAGCACCAGGGAAGCUACGGCGCCGCAUAUCCUGAAGCAGCAUAUCUGCAGCAUGUACACGGCACGUCAGCACCAUAUAUGAGCCAAACACCGCAGAAUAACGCGUUCGCUCAACCGCAACAUCAGACACAGGCCUACACUGGAAACAUGCCUUCUUAUGGAUACCAAUUCCAGUUUGGACAAGAGGCUGUUGGCCCGGGAAAUGCUGGCUACUCGCACAAUUCGACUGACCAAGCGAGCACCAAUCCGUUCAUGCAGUCAAGCCAGCAAGUCCUAUACUCUGUAGCCACGCUUACAGCAACCCCAUUCUUUCCCAGCACCAACAACCAUUAUGCAGGCAAUCAUCACCAGUCCAACAAGCGCGGCUUUGAAGAGACAGAAGAUGGUGGAUCUCGCAGACAGAUUGGCACAGGUCCAUCAGCCUUCCAAGCUAGUGGAGGCAUCAACCAAGGCUCGUUCGCAAAUCGAGUAAUGACAAACAUGGGCCAUAACCAAGGCCAAGGCCUGGGCAACCACGGGCAGGGCAUUACAGAACCUAUACAACCAAUACGAGUCGACCCCAGGGGAUCGGGCGUAGGAUAUGGCGUUCAGCAACCACAAGGCAACACCUCGAGUCAUGGUCAAGAUGGUCAACCUGCCAAGCGUGUCAGACAAGAUCACUCUCAGCCAAGCGCGCAAGCACAAGGUGGUGGGCAGGCAUCUCGUGGACGCGGAGAUGGUCGUGGUCGUGGUCGUGGUCGUGGUCGUGGUCGUGGUCGUGGACAAGACCAGGGACGAGGUCUCGGUGGAGCCGAUCUUCCAACUCAAAGCCGGUGUUAUCAGGCAUUUGUGCCGGCCUCUUCAGACAACGAUGACAAAGCAGCGACACCAGCUACGAAGCAAGAGGCUCAGAGGGUAGCACCGAAAGGGUCGCAUCAUCUUUGGGCAUCCGCAGAUGCUUCACGCUACUGUCAUGAUUGCCACAAAGUCGUUUGGCACCAAGGUCAGAACUCCUGCUCUGAACCACGAGACACGUUGGAAUCCAAAUACAACCUUGACGCCAAUGCCAAGAAUGCCAUCAAGGGUGAUCUUGCUCAAGUGCCUAGGGACUUCGACGAUUUCGUUGAUCAUCUCAUCAGCUGUGCGUGUAAUGCCAUGGAAUUACGGCGCUACGUUGUACUUAGAGAUGCAGCUAUCAAAGCUGCUUUUGACUGGAUGCCAGCACCCGUUAACUCUCCGACAGCCUGGAAAGUACAGCUCGCCAACAUGUUCAGUGUAGCGAACAACAUCACAUUCGACCUGCUUACAGCCUUUGAGAGGGCGAUACAAACCACCUGGUAUCCAAAAAUAUACCACAUUCUUAGAGAGGACUUCGUAGCACUUAUGAAGCCUUCCUCUUCGGAUGAGUAUAGGGAAAAAUACCCGCAUUUUGCGGAGCAAGUCAAACUUGCAUUGCACUUGCGCACCCUUCGUGAGACGCCAGCCGUAAACAUAGACUUUGAGGUCCUUGCUGCUUAUCACGACUUCAUGCAGAAACCAUUCACUGAUUUCCAGAACAGCAUGGAAAGAUUGCAAGCGUCGUUUGUGGUUAGCUCUGCAUCUCUUUUGGACCCUGCAUUUGCAGCGCUCGAGCAAACGAGCUUUUCUCAAAGAUCCUGGUACGAUCUGCAGCCGUCAGUUGAUACGACGAGCCAAUGGUUACCCAGGCUCUCCAUGCCCUUUGAUGCAGCCGUGUUCCGACCCGACGUACUUCCUCAGAUCAGGCAACGUGGUGGUCGACAUCUGGCUGCUGAUCUAUGGAAGACCUCGUCUAGUAAGCAAAGCACAGAGAAAGAAGAGAGGCAUCAGACACUCGAAGAAAGACCACAGCCUCUUGCGGCCCAGAAGGCUUGCACCAAUGAUGGCACGUCUGCAAAGUCUCAGGCCACUGGUACGCCCCUAGCAGAUGGAGAAAAGCUUUCAGUAGAACUACCAGUCUCUCCUGGUAUUUUGAAGAAGUAUGCAAGCCAUGACCCGCUCAUGAUUCAAGCUUCAGCAAUUUAUGGAAAGGAACUUUCGACAGUCACGGCCAAAAUGACAGCGAUUGAGCUCAGUACUCUUACUUACUACGAAGCGGUUCGAAACAGUAUGAUUCAGGCAGUCACCGCAACAGUCACGGACGCCAACUUGCUGGAACUUCUUCGAGCUCUCAUCGAUGAAUAUUGGUACUGGCAGUUCCAAACUGUUGACAAUCCGAAGGUUACAGAGAAGGCACCUGUCACGAGCGGGAAAGAGAGCGAAGACGAUGGGGACACUAGUCCCGACGACCUUGAUCUGCAGGAAUUGAAUCUUGCACCCUCAGCGACCAAUCCUACACACAUUAGUGGGACGAGUACUGAUAAGAUCGCCGCGUUCCUGCAAGAAGUGUCGCAACAGUCUGGCGAGCAAGAUUCAGCCGACCUUCCAAUGCAAUCCACUGGAGACUCUACUGGCGCUUCUGUUGUCGUGGCUCCUGGAGAUUCCGGAACUGCGUUUAGAAGAGCUACAGUCGAAGAUGAUACUUCCGCUGAAGUAACGGGUGGUGACGGGAAGUCAUGA